GCUAACUUUGUAAGCAAUGCCAGGCACCUUGUUACCCUAUACGAGGACUUGAUGACUGAAAAGAACACAACAACGUUAUAAUGGCGGUAAAGAAACCAGCUUCUCCUCUCUGUCUCCCGUUCAUCACUUGUAUAAUCGUUAUCAUCAGUCACACUAACGGCCAGGAUUUCACAUUCCACGAAGCAACCAUCGAAGAUAUCCAAAAAGCCUUCGCCGAGAAUAGGCUCACAUCGAGACAGCUAGUGGAAUUCUAUUUGAGCCAAAUCGAAACCCUAAACAUCAUUCUUCGCAGUGUCGUAGAGGUCAACCCGGAGGCUCUAGAUCUAGCGGAUGAAGCUGAUCGCCGAAGAGAAAACGAUCUGGACCGUUCGUCUUUGGGUUUGCUGAAUGGCAUACCAGUACUGCUCAAGGACACUAUAGCCACUAAAGAUAAGCUGAACACGACGGCUGGGUCGUAUGCGCUGCUUGGAUCGGUGGUGAGUCGCGACGCCGGAGUGGUGGAGAGGCUGAGAGCUGCCGGAGCUAUCAUAUUAGGGAAAGCUAGUCUGUCAGAGUGGUACUCUUUCCGUGCUCUCGGUCACGUGCCGAAUGGCUGGUGUGCACGAGCUGGACAAGGCGUGAAUCCUUAUGUAGCAUCUGGGGACCCAUGUGGCUCAAGUAGUGGAUCAGCAAUUUCAGUAGCUUCAAACAUGGUUAGUGUGUCAAUUGGGAGCGAGACCCAUGGAUCAAUUCUCUGCCCAGCUGACCACAACUCCGUGGUAGGGUUCAAACCUACUGUUGGACUCACCAGCCGUGCUGGGGUCAUUCCUGUUUUGCCUCCCCAUGACACCGUUGGGACACUAAGCAGGACAGUUUCUGAUGCAGUUUAUGUACUUGAUGCUAUAGUGGGUUAUGAUCAAAGAGAUCAUGAAGCAACAAAAGAAGCUACUAAAUUCAUUCCUUUAGGUGGUUAUAAACAGUUUCUCAAACUAGAUGGGCUCAAUGGAAAGAUUCUUGGGGUCGUUAGGAAGCCAUUUGUGGACCCCAUAAAAAAUCCUUCACUGUCUGAAGCUUUUGAAAGUCAUUUGAACAUAUUAAGACAAGGGGGUGCAACUAUUGUGGACAAUCUUGAAAUAGAGAACAUAAAAACAGUGAUGAAUCCUGGUAAAAGUGGGGAGCUCACAUCAAUGUUGGCCGAGUUCAAGCUCGCCAUUAAUGACUAUUUAAAAGAACUUGUUGUUUCCCCAGUAAGGUCGCUUGCUGACAUUAUUGCCUUUAAUGAAGAACACCCUGAUUUGGAGAAGAUCAAAGAAUACGGUCAAGCCACUUUUAUUAAAUCAGAAAAGACAAAUGGAAUUGGUGACAAGGAAAUGAAGGCAGCUGAGUUGAUGAAAAAUCUCUCACGUGAUGGGUUUGAGAAACUAAUGAUAGAAAAUGAAUUGGAUGCUCUGGUAACACCUGGUACUGGAGCUAUUUCUGUAUUGGCCUUAGGUGGUUAUCCUGGAAUUACGGUACCAGCUGGUUACGAUGACAAAGGCAUGCCUUUUGGUCUCUGUUUUGGAGGGUUGAAAGGAACUGAAAGAAAGCUAAUUCAGGCUGCUUAUGCUUUUGAACAGGCGACAUUGAUCCGGAGGCCUCCAUUUCCCAGAUCAAAUCCGUUACCAUUAAUAGAAAAUGAAGGUCUUUUUAAAAGUUGGUAGUAGUGAUUGUUACCCUAUAUUUUUUUUUAUUAUUAAAAAAAAACUACUCAUUCAAAUUUUAAUAUUUCAAAAGACUUGUCUUUUUG